AUGUCAGACAUCAAACAGCAAGACGUCUUUUCCGACUCCAAGCGCGCGUCCAUGCCGCCUCCCCCUAUCGGCGCACCUUCAGGCGCCCCUCCCCCUCUCGCUCCCGGCCAAUCCUCCGCACAGCGUCAAUACGCCGCCCCCGCCGGUCCACCCCCCGCCUACAUCAAAGACGUCAGUAUGGCCGACACCUCCACCUACAAUACCGACGCUGCCCUUCUCGCUCUCUGCCGCGCCAAAGGCAUCUCCCCUUACUUUGCAACCCAAAUCACUCGCUUGCGCGAAUACUCGUCCAUCCGGCUCGUCCUCGACGAUAGCGGAAGCAUGAAAUCCAUGCUCAACAUCUACGGCGCGGCGCCUACGACGCGGUGGCAGCUCCUCCAGACGAUGGUCAGGGAGAUUUUUGACCUCAUGGCCAUUGCGCGCGGAGGCGAUCGGGAGCCGGUAUCGGUCCAUCUGCUCAAUAUGCUGCCGCAGGGGAUGAAGUGUGAGAGUGUGGGUCAGCUCCAGGAGUUCUUCCAGUCGGGUCCGACGGGGACGACGCCGACGCUGGAGGUCAUGAGGGAUAUCAUGACCCCGGAACAUAUGGUGUACGAGGAAGGGGUGUUGACGCUAUUGAUUACGGAUGGGGCGCCGAAUUGUGGGCAUCAGGCGUUUAGGAAUUUCUUGCUGGAUGCGCAGAGGAGGUAUCCGGCGAGUUAUAUCACGGUGGGGCUGUGUACGGAUGACCCAGCCACCAUAGACGAAUACGAGUCCUCCCUCGAUAACGGCGUCCCCCACCUUGACGUCAUGUCAGCCUACGAAGACGAGCGGCGCGAAAUCCGUCGGAUCCAAGGCCGCAAAUUCGGCUUUACCUACGCCGACUGGACCGUCAAGUUCCUCCUAGGCAGCAGGAUCACAGAGUGGGAUAGUCUGGACGAGCGCAAGUUGACCAAGAGGCAGCUGGAGAUGAUUGAGAAGUUUGGGAAUAGUUAUCUGGGGAUUGGUGGGGCGGGUGGAGGGGGCCAAGGUGGGCAGGCGCCGGGCAUGAAGAAGAAGAAGGAUUGUGUGAUUAUAUCUAUCAGGGGAGGAGCGAUGCUGAAGGGAAGAACCGAAGCAAAGGGACAGGAAGAAUGGGGGAUAGCGGUGUACGAUCAGUAA